CCUUUCAAAUCUCCGAAUCUCAAUCCCACCACCGCCUUUUUCCGAGAAACAUCGCCGGGCGCAGAAGAAGCGCGUUCUCGAAGAACCUCCAGAAGCACGAGCGAUCCGGUCAAUGGUUGCCGCGAAGAUCUGGAACGCCAUGGAGGUCGCCGGCGAAGCCAACUGCGACAACGGCGGCGGCCGCCGCCCCGCCAUCCGCUCCUCCGCCCUCGCCGUCGACACCUCCCUCUCCCUCCCGGAAAUGUCCCCCGCGUCGUAGAGCUGUGCAAGGAUUUGUUCGCGGAGUGGUCGAAGCUCGACGAUUCUCGUUUCGCUGUCGAGACUGUGUCCGGCGGCAUCACGAAUCUAUUGUUGAAGGUUUCUGUGAAAGAAGAAAGCGGAAAUGAGGAAUCCAUUACCGUCAGAUUGUAUGGGCCGAACACCGAGUAUGUCAUUGACCGCGAAAGAGAAUUCCACGCUAUCAAGUACCUUUCGGCUGCAGGAUUUGGUGCGAAGUUGCUUGCAGUUUUUGGGAAUGGCAUGGUUCAGUCAUUUAUAAAUGCUCGUACACUCAUUCCAGAAGAUAUGAGAAAACCAAAGCUGGUAGCUGAAAUUGCUAAGCAGCUGCACAAAUUCCAUCAAGUAGAAAUUCCAGGUUCUAAAGAACCUCAACUAUGGAAUGAUAUAUUCAAGUUUUUUGAGAAAGCAUCUGAUCUCAAGUUUGACCAUAAUGAAAAGCGAAGGAAGUACGAGACAAUAUCUUUUAAGGAAAUUCAUGAUGAACUUCUCGAGCUAAAGGAAUUAACUGGUCUUCUUAAUGCUCCUGUGGUGUUUGGUCACAAUGACUUGCUCUGUGGCAAUAUAAUGGUCAACGAUGAGGAAGGGAAACUCUACUUCAUUGAUUUUGAGUAUGGGUCAUAUAAUUACAGAGGGUAUGACAUAGGAAAUCACUUCAACGAAUUCGCAGGCUAUGAAUGUGACUACAGUUUGUACCCAAGUAAAGAUGAACAGUAUCAUUUCUUCAGGCACUAUCUGAUGCCAGACAAACCGCAGGAGGUUUCUGAUAAAGAUCUUGAAGCUCUGUACAUCGAGACAAACACAUACAUGUUGGCAUCACACUUAUUUUGGGCAUUGUGGGGACUAAUCCAGGCAAAGAUGUCGCCCAUCAAUUUCGAUUACAUGGAGUAUUUCUUUCUGCGGUAUAACGAAUUCAAAAGGCAGAAGCAGAGUGCCAUCUCACUGGCCAAAAGAUACCUCACAGGAUUUUGAGCCGGGAGUGUGUGUUUGUUUGUAUGGCCACACAUAGCCACCUGUCUGUAGAAGCUUUUGGGUAGAUUUUUCCACAUUUAGGAGUCAUACUGUAAUGCAGGACACUAGAUACAGUUUGAAGGAAAUUGCUAGAAAGCUUGGGACGCGGUGUCGUCUGCAGUCGUAGCCUUGUUGUAGCCUUAUUUUUUUCCCUAUUCUUUUUUCACUAUUAAAGAUGUCAUGUUCAACUCGACAUUUUUAGGCAUGAAUAAAGAUAUGCUCUCUUUCGUUCCCUU